AUGAAUAUUAAAAACAUUUUUCAUUUAAUUUUAAGAUUAGAAAGCAGUAGAGUAAAUUCUAGUGAUUCUAAUACAUAUGUUGAAUUUGAUGAUUCAUUAAUGUAUUUUAACUUAAAUGAAGAAUUUGAAAUAUCACUAGAAAAAGAAUUAAAUAAUUUAAAGAUUCAUAGAGAAACUCUUAAUUAUGAUUUCCCUUAUUACUUAAUUACGUCUCUGUAUAUUAAAGAAAAUUAUUGCUUAAAUAUUGAAUCAGAAUAUCCUAAAUUUAGAGCCUGUGUUAGAAAGCAAUCUUAUAAAUAUGAAGACAGUGAAUAUAAGUUUUGUUGUAGAGAUAUUAAAGAAAUAUUCGAAACUAAUACCCAAUUAAUACUUUUAAAAUACAAUGAAAUAAUACAAAAUAUCUGUAAAGAAUGUAGUGAUUCACCUUCUUUACUUUAUGUUAAUUUAAUUAAUUUCCCUGAUAAUAAUAAGAUGAUUCAAACUCUAAAUGAAUAUGCGAUACAUUGUUAUUUCUUAGAAAUUUUACAAACAAGUCAUUUUCUAAGGCGGAUGAUUGAAUUUUUUAUAUUAUUUAAAAAAUUCCCAGAUAGUUUAAAUAAGAAUUUAAAAGAAAAUUCUUUGAAAUUUUUUAACAAUUAUUUAGAAUCCAUCUCUUUUAAUGAUCAUGAUUCUUAUAAGUUCUUAACAAAAGAUAGUUUAUUUAAAUAUACAACUGAACUUUUAAAUAUUACUUGUGAUAUAAUUGAAUUAUUCUUACAAUAUAAUUCAAAUGAUAUCGAAAAAUUUAAAAGUAAUGUGAAUACUUAUAAGGAAAAAUUUUUUAAAAAAGUUGAGCAAAUAAUUUGUGAAUUUGAAAAUGUUGUGUUUAAAAAAGAUGAUUUUUUACCUUUAAAAUCCACUGAAAUACUAAGUGAUUUAAAAAAACAAGCUCUUGAAAAAAAUUUACUUACUAAUUCAAAAUUUUUUUCAUUGAUUUAUGAAAUUCAAACAAUAAUAACUAUAAUAAUUUAUAACCCUGAUGAAUUUUCUAAUGAUUUUCAAUUAUUGAUUAAAUAUGUUGAACGCAUUCAUUUUAGCACAUUGUGUUAA